AUGGCUUUUGCGGCUGGCCAGGAUCGAAAUGUUCUAUUCAUCGUGGACCUCCCCAAGGGGGUCUCCGCAGACAAGAUGGACCGUCUCCAUAUGGCACAUGGCCUGGCGAAGCCUAUCAACUACCAGUUUGUUCAGCGGAAUGCCAAUGCAAACAAGGAGGUAAGCUGCGCUCUGUUCACCUAUCUUAGCUCUGCAGACGCAGAGAGCGCGCUGGAGGUUCUGAUCGACUUGCCGGUGGAGCACAAUGGGAGGUACUGGCCGCUCCGAGUGGAGAUCGCCGGGCCCAGAGCCCUUCAAGAGGUGUCGGUGCUCCUCCAUGCAACGGCGCCAGCCAUGAUGAACCAGCAGCCGCAACAGGACAGUGCCGUUAUUCUUCUUGGCCAGGUCCCAGCAGAGUGGACCGCCGAAGACUUGAAAGUGUUUCACGACUCCCUGGAUAUUGAGAGGCUAGUCGGCGUAAAGAUUUUGCCGUCGACGGAUGGAGGAUGGACUUGCCGGGCCAUCCUGCAGUACAUGAAUCCCAAUGCUGCUGCGCAAGCAUUGGACAGUCUCAUGGGCCGCGUCGUCUUGACACGAUCUGGCGCUCGCAGGCAUCUCACAGCCAACCUGGCCGAUCCCUCGACCAGUGUCGAGCCGGUUCCCAUGUUGCCGAAGCCGCCACUGGCAUCGCCGCCGAGCGCUCCGUCCAAAAGCCGGAAUAAGGCGCACGUGAGGCAAGAGGAUCAGACCGCGCCUGUGCCGCAGCCGAUGGCCCAACACGAUCCGUUUACGCUCUACGUCGCAGACGUCCCAGCAGACUUCGGCAAGCAGGACCUGGACAAGCUUCACGCCCACUUGGGCCUCCAGAAGCCCAAAGUUACGAAGCUGCUGUAUCCCAGGAUGAGUAACGACAAGUGCUCCGCGAUCCUGCGAUAUAGCACACAGCAGGAGGCUUUUGCAGCUUUGGGCAUGUUCCACGAUCGCCUUGUGCUCGUGAAUGAGCACAGCGGCGAGCAACAACACCCCAGAGCACAGUAUGCCAAAAAACGGUCAAGUGCAUAUCCCUCAGAAGAUCAGCCGCUACCACAGGAGCCUGAUUCUGAGAGUGGUGAGGACAAGGAUGAUCGGCUCUAUGCCCUUCCGAGCGUUUACCUCGCUGAGCUGCCGAUCAACAUCACGGAGAAUGGUGUGCGCCACAUCCUUCACGAGGUGGACGCCCAUGUUGCCGAAUUGGUGGCCGUGAAUUUUUUGCAGCAAAAGAGUAAGGGCACCCAUCGAUGUUGCCUUUUGAGGUAUCCGGACCUACCCAUGGCAGAGGACGUCGCUCAAAGGGUGAACGGCUUUAUGGUCUACCACCCCGACGACAGGACGAGGCCAGUGCGAGCAAAGGUGGCAAAGCACGCCAGGAUGUUCAAUCAACACUGCACAGAUGUCUAUGUUGGCGAGGUUCCCUUCGACUGGAACGCCUCAGCGGUGUACAAGCUUUUGGCAGAGGCGGGCAUUGAGCGGGGUGCAGUGCACUCGGUUAAACUGCUCUCCCACCGACCGGGACGCACCUCUGUAGGUGUGAUCCUCCGUGUCGUGGAUGCCGAUGUGGCUGAGGAUGUCAUGGGGAGGCUCAACGGCCUCGAGGUCAACAUUCGCGGCCAGAUGAGGGCUCUGAAAGCUCGGCUUGCGGAUCCCCCUCCAUGGCCUGAGGCACCAGAGACCAGGAAGCCCAUGCCGAAGCCGCAGAACAGGCGGCCGCGUGACCAAUUUCAACUUCAGUGA